GUUUUAAAAAAAGGGACUAAAUAAAAUCAUCCCUUCCCACUAUCAGCUCUUCAUUCGGACCCGGGGGUGUUUUGUGGCGUCGUUAGGCAGAGCCUUCCAAAACAAAAGAGCGAAACCUCAUCCACGUCAUGUGGAAUGAGAGCUUGAGGGUAAUUAACGGCGUAACCGACAAAGGGACUGAAAGAAAAACAAGAGAGAGAGAGAGAGAAAGAAAGAAGGAAGGAAGGGGCGGUGCACAUGUUGCUGGAGAGCUGGAGGGGGCAGCAGUGCGUGAAACCUGCUCUAAGUAGGAAGACGAUUAAAACCGAAAGAGGAGAGACAGAGAAAUCAGUCACGGGAAAAGCCUUCCUUUUUGAAAAAAAAUUAAGAGUUAUUAUUUUUGUAAAUACGUCUCGUCGCGCAUUGGAAUUUUUUUUCUUAAGAAAAGCAUUUAUCUCCUCUCGCAGAUCGCAAACGUUUAUGUACAGCACAUUAUAAAUAUCUGUAUGUUUAUAUCUAUUGCACAUUGGGAAAGUUGAAGUAGUCUCAGUAACAGGCAGACACACACACACACAGAGGGAGGGAGCAAUGAGGGUGAAAGUCGGCUUCCUCUUACGGAGUUUGCUGAUCAUCGGGACUUUCCUGGCGCUGAUGGGGCUCUGGUCCAAGCUUCUCUCAUCCCAAAGCGACGAGAACAACCCGUUCGAGCGGCAGAUGCCUGGAAGAGAUAUCAACAACCAUCUGCUAAAUGUUGGAGGCAAUGGACGUGCUGCGAAUAAAUUUCAGCCUGUUGUCCCUUGGCCUCAGGUUGAGGGGGUAGAAGUGGACCUAGAAUCUAUUCGACUGAAAAAUAAAAAUGCAGCACAACAGCAUGUUGCUGACAACAACCAACAAAAUGCAAUACAGAAACAAUAUGUUACUUUUAAACCCCAGAAACAUGCUUAUUCUGAUCCAGUGUUGAGAAGUGGUGUUCUAGGGAACUUUGAACCCAAAGAGCCAGAACCUCACGGUGUCGUCAAUGGUCCUGGAGAAGGCGCAAAACCUUUUAUAUUGGGACCUGAAUAUAAAGAAGCUGUGCAAGCAAGUAUCAAGGAAUUUGGUUUCAACAUGGUGGCCAGUGAUAUGAUCUCGCUGGAUCGGACAGUCAAUGAUCUGAGGCAUGAAGAGUGCAAGCAUUGGCAUUAUGACGAUCGUCUCCUCACAUCUAGUGUUAUCAUUGUCUUCCAUAAUGAAGGAUGGUCAACCCUUAUGAGAACUGUCCACAGUGUGAUCAAGAGGACACCCAAAAAGUAUCUAGCAGAAAUAGUUAUGAUUGAUGACUACAGUAACAAAGCUCAUUUAAAGGAGAGAUUGGAACAAUAUUUGAAACAGUGGAAUGGGUUAGUCAAGGUAUUUCGAAAUGAAAGAAGAGAAGGAUUAAUUCAAGCAAGAAGUAUUGGUGCUCAUAAAGCAACCCUCGGCCAGGUACUGAUAUAUCUUGAUGCUCAUUGUGAAGUUGGACCAAACUGGUAUGCGCCGCUGAUAGCUCCAAUUGCUGCGAACAGAACUUCAUGCACAGUUCCCCUUAUAGAUUAUAUAGAUGGUAAUGACUUUACCAUUGAACCACAGCAAGGUGGGGAUGAGGAUGGUUUUGCCAGAGGGGCCUGGGAUUGGAGCUUGCUGUGGAAGCGUGUACCGUUAAACAGUCGUGAAAAGGCCAGAAGAAUGCAUAAAACUGAGCCUUAUCGGUCCCCAGCUAUGGCUGGGGGUUUGUUCGCUAUUGAACGAGAUUACUUCUUUGAACUUGGGCUAUAUGACCCUGGCCUUCAAAUCUGGGGAGGUGAAAACUUCGAGAUAUCUUAUAAGAUAUGGCAGUGUGGAGGCAAGUUGCUGUUUGUACCUUGCUCUCGUGUUGGACAUAUUUAUCGUCUACAUGGGUGGGCAGGAAAUCCACCGCCUGCUCAUGUUGGGUCAUCCCCAACAUUAAAGAAUUAUGUUCGUGUUGUUGAAGUUUGGUGGGAUGAAUACGCCGACUAUUUUUAUGCAAGUCGUCCAGAAACAAAAGCCAUGGCUCACGGAGAUAUAUCUGAGCUCAAGAAAUUUCGUGAAGAACACAACUGCAAGAGUUUUAAAUGGUUUAUGGAAGAAAUAGCUUAUGACAUUCCAGACCAUUACCCAUUACCAGCUAAAAAUGUAGAAUGGGGAGAGAUCAGAGGAUAUGAAUCCGAUUAUUGCAUAGACAGCAUGGGCCAUACCAAUGGUGGGUUUGUUGAACUGGGACCUUGCCACAGAAUGGGAGGAAAUCAGCUGUUUCGAAUCAAUGAAGCCAACCAAUUGAUGCAGUAUGACCAGUGCUUGACCAGAGGACCUGAUGGCUCAAAGGUUAUGAUUACACACUGUAACAUGGAUGUAUACAAAGACUGGCAGUACUUUAAGACUUUGCACAGGUUCACACACAUUCCCACAGGCAAGUGUUUGGACCGCUCUGAAGUUGAUCACAAGAUUUUCAUCUCUGACUGUGACUCUGCAAAGAUGACACAAAAGUGGGAGAUGAACAACCUUCUCGCAGUGUAGAACUAUACUGGCAGCUGCUCAUAAUUUGUCAAAUAUAUGUACAAGAUGGAGAAUUAUCUGUAUAUUGCUGCAAAAAAAUAUGUACAGCUCUGUUUGUAAAUAUUUUUGACACCUUUUUUCAAUGAAGGUUCCAGAUAAACUGUGAUAAUGUAAUAUGAUAGUCAAUAUCAUGUAAUUACAAAAUGAUACUUUUUUUUGUUACCUUAAAUUCGUAGAUGUUUAUAACUUAUUCUGCUGUCAUCUUGAGACCUGCUGCAUCUUCAUUGUAAGGUGCAGCCCUAUUUUCUUUGGGUUUACACUCAGGGCGAUGAACAAAGGUGGCUUUUCCUCUUAAGUUUGUUUCAAUGGGUACAUUGUGAUCAAGAUCAUCUAUUUUGCCCCAAUAAGGCAAGCCCAAGAAAUUGAGAUCCGAAUGUUCCAGAAUGUUUGGUUGAAAUGUAAUGCACAAAGCCGUAGAUUCUUUUUAAUUCUGUUUAAUUCACCCCUAUAAGAAUCUUAGACAUUCAGAAAAGAAUUUUAGCAAGGUUCCAGUAGCGUGCUCAUUUUCAUAAGUGGGAGGGAAUCUUGUAAAUUUUGGCACGAUCCUGGAGAAUGCUGAAAAAUGUCAGAUGCUAAAAGACAAAACAGUGUUAUUAUUGUGGAAAUCAUUAAUCAGUAUAGAGUGCCAGAAACGAUGUAUUUUUUUUUAAGCCAAUGCAGAAAUAUUGCAGACCAGCAGAGAUCUUGGUGAUCAUGUGGGCUUCUUGGAGACACUCAUCCUUUGCUUAGAUUGUAAACUAUUAUUGAAACACUUCUGGCUUUCUUGGUCAAGUAGAUCCAAGAGUCUAUGUGUGCUUCUAAUUUUCAACAUUGUCUGAAAUCAAUCAUAAAACCACUUAAAUUUCUGCUGUGAUCUUGCCUAACCCAUAUUUCCAAGUUAUUUCUUUGCUGUUAUUUGACAGUGGAGCCAAAACGCCUAGCACUGCUUUUUAACCCCCAUAUUUAUUGAAUUAAUUCAUAUUUUUCUUAAGGAGAGUUUUUGUUUUAAUUCCUAAAUUAGUGACAGCAUUUUUAAGCAUUUUGGGAUUGCUGCUCAAGUUUCCUUCACACUGAUUCUGCAAAAUGAUUUUUGCAUGUACAAAUAAUGACACCUUUGGGGAAAUUAGCUAAUCUUGAUAAACUCUGUGCAGUAUUGAAAUAUAUUUUCUAUAAUAUACUUGAAUGUGGGUAGAAAUAAAGGUAUUUAACUUAGUUCUUUAGUAUAACACUGCAGCAACUCAUCACAAGAAAGAAAUAACUUAUUUUUUUUCUAAGCACUACCACUGAAAGAAAAAUGGUUUGGCCUGAAAUUCUUCAAAGAUGCUGUACUUCACUCCACCGGUGCUAUUGGAUAAUAAGUACAGAAUUAAUCUGCCAAAACAACAUCCUUUUGUAUUUAAUCCAUGUUUUACAUUGUUAUGCAAGAUGAUUUUUCAACUUUGGGUAUGCAAAUUGUUGACCUAUUGUAAAUAGCUCACAAAUAGUAAUUUCUGUACAAACUGUAUAAUUGGGAAGGGCUGUUUAAUUGACAAAAAUUUGGGAUUAAAAUGUUAUGGUGGUCAGAAAAUCAAACCAUAGUUCAUUCUGCUGUAAACUUGUUCUGGACUUAUCACUAAGCCAAAUAAAACAGACUACAACACAAUA